AUGUCCGAUUACUCCUCAUCAUCAGGGCCUGGAAUGGCAAAGUCGUCGAAGGAGGCUAAAGCAAAAUCACCUCAUCGAUAUAGAAUAUGCGGAACACCUGUUCGAACGGGUUGCAGGACUUGCAAAAUUCGUCGAGUCAAAUGUGGAGAGGAAAAGCCAUUUUGUAAGAGGUGUACUUCCACUGGACGGCAUUGUGAUGGAUAUGAGAUUAUCACAGACUUGAAAAAACGAAAUACCACAAAGAGAAGAACUUCCAUACCGGCAGGUGUGCAGUCUAAUACGUCUCAAGACCCUUUAGAGGCGACUAUGCUGGAUUUCUUUCGUACGUAUACAGUAGCCGAGUUUGCCGGAGACUUCUCUACUGAGUUCUGGGAAAGGAGGAUUUUUCAAGCUGCUACCAUCGAGCCGUCAAUCCGUCACGGUAUUCUCGCACUGGGUGCCAUCCACAGAAAUUACACCGAAACCUACCAGCAACCUCAGACCAUAGCAGAAAAGCCAACUCCGGCACAGGCUUUUGCUUUCCGUCAGUACACAAAAGCCAUUCAAAUUUUACGUCAAUCAAUAGUACGCGAGCCUCACUCACUAGACAUGACAUUGAUUUCAUGCAUUUUGUUUAUCUGUUUCGAUUGUCUCGUAGGCGAUCAAGCCGCAGCACUGGUUCAUCUCAAAUCAGGACUGAAGAUCCUCGACGAUAUACAUGCCACAAAUGCCCCCUCCUCAACUGCAGCACAAUGUGCACGGGAUUAUUCCCCGCUAUUGUUAGUACUAGGGGGACAAAUUGCCGCAUUCAUCAAUCCCAAAGCUGGAGUAGACAGAGGAGCAUUCUGGGCAGCGAUGAAACGAGCCGGUUGCUCAACCUCCCAAUUUACCCCUUUCCAGUCAUUGGAAGAGGCUCGCUAUUCAUUGCGAACGCUUGGUGCAGAUAUACUGCAUGCGCGUCAUACAAAUUGGAACUACGUUACCGAAGAAAUAGUCACGAGUGAAUUUGGCCCCAUGGCACGAAGCCACUACAUGGCGUUAGAGAAUUGGUCAAAUCGCCUAAACGCAUUCAUCGAAAGAACUUCAAGCAAUCAAGAAAACACAGCCGUUGCCUCGGCAAGACCAAUCCGCAUUCACGGCGUAUCAUUACUCAGAGCCCAUCAUCUCUUAUUCUCCAUGAACGCUGCAGAAUCGCAUACGCCCAGGUCCAAGUUCGAAGAAAUGCUCGAUUUAUCCGAGGCCCUGAUUCUAGAAGAUAAAGCUUAUUGGAAAUCGCAAUCCAUGCCAAGGUUUAUGGUUGAUACUGGAUUAAUUGUUCCACUGGUGUAUACAGCGGUUCGCAGUGCUGAUAUCCAACAUAAAAGAAGAGCAAUCAAAAUCUUGUCACAGGCGCCUGGAAGAGAGGGGUUAUGGGAUACGCAGUGUGCGAUUGAUAUUGUAGAGGGAGAGUUGGCCGCUGCAAGAGGCCAGAGUCCGAGAUUGCAGAUUCCAUAUUUUCAUGAUUAA